GCUGUCCUACGUGAAUUUACGCAAUAACUAAACUCAACUAUUUCAGAUUUCAAGGCAUUGACAAGCACUUGUUAUUCGCAAGAGUCGUCAACCAGGAAAUUGACCAAGAUGGCUAAUCUGACAAACAAUGACGUGUUCCUGGCCUUCUCCACAUAUGCCACCAUUGUCAUCCUCAAAAUGAUGUUCAUGGCUCCUCUGACUGCAUACUUCAGGAUAACCAGAAAGGCCUUUUCGAACUGGGAGGACACUGCGAUGGGCAAAAAAGAACCAGAGGAGCGAAAGAAGAUGCUUCAGACCAAUCCUGAUGUAGAACGUGUCCGAAGGUGCCAUCAAAAUGACAUAGAGAACAUCAUUCCCUUUGUAGUGAUUGGUCUUCUGUAUGCAUUCACGGGGCCAGACCUCUCCACAGCUCUGCUGCACUUCCGAGUGUUUGUGGGCUCACGUUUCAUCCACACUGUAUCGUACGUUUUGGCUUUGCCCCAGCCUAGCAGAGGUCUGUCCUGGGUGGUGGGAAUGAUCACAACUUUCUCAAUGGCCUACAGGGUGCUCACCACAGCACUCCUUCUCUAAAGACACCAUAGAUCUGCAGAACAGAAGAGGCCUGUUUUAUAUCAUUUUAUCAUCCCUGGUGUUAUAUUUUCUCAUUAAACUGUAUGCAAUUCCUAAUAAAAUCUGUCAACAUGU